AUGCGCAGAGUCGUCUCCUGGAUGGAAGACCACUGGCUAUCUCUGGCAGCCCAGAAGACAGAGAUGGUGCUACUUACGAAGAAGCGCAUCAACAUCUUGCGCAGCUUCAUUGUAGGAGACACGGCGGUCCAGGCUAAGUCGGCUGUCAAAUAUCUGGGUAUAAUGCUCGACAAAAACCUUAAUCAUGGCGAGCACAUACUCAGGGCAGCCGACAAGGCGGUAAAAGUAGUUGCCUUGCUUGGCACACUCAUGGCAAACGUCAACGGGCCCCGACCUCGCAGGAGGCAACUACUGAUGUGUGCCGCCGAAGCAGUGAUACUGUACGGCGCUGAAGUCUGGGCUGAGGUGCUGCAAAAGGAGAAAUAUCGUAAGCGCAUCGCUGUCGUACAGAGGAGGGGUGCUCACCGAAUCGCGAGCACCUACUGCACGGUCUCUGAGCCCGCGGUGCUAGUGGUCGCGGGGAUAAUCCCGAUCGAUCUAUUAGCCUAG